GUGCCCGGGCGACACGCGGGAGGCCGAGCCGGGGCUAGCGCGAUCCCGGCCCCGCGGGAGCCGCUGUCGGAGUCAGGGCGCGAGCCUAGCGAGCGCGUGCGGGGUGGGCCUGGAUCCCGGACCCGACCCCGCUGUGACCGGCGCAGAGACACGGGGCGCAGCUGUGAGCACUCUGGGUUUUUAUUUCACCGUUGGCCCAGCGGCGCAGGCCCCUCUCGCGGGACGUCCUCUUUCCCCCGGGGGGCCGAGGGCGGGGACGGGAGAGACGGGUACGGGCCGGGAGCACUGGGAAACUGAGGCGGGCCAGCCUGCUUCACUUGUCUCGGCUGAACAUGUAACGGAGGAGGUCCACCACUCGGUGACUGUAGCCAUAUUCGUUGUCGUACCUGGGGAGGGAGGGAUGGAGGGGAUUCAGGGGAUCCCUCCCGACCACCCCCAGCCUCCCCUCACGUUCUCUGACCCCUUUCUUCCCCCUUACCAUGAGCGCGAUGCCAGCCUUAGCAUCAAAGGUAGACGAAUGGGUAUCGCCAACAAAGUCCGUGGACCCGACCUGGCCAUCAGAAUUUCAAAGAUAAGCGUGGGUCGCAGAGCAGGGACCUCCAGGAGCUCAGGCUCGUGGGCACACUGUCCAUCCAUUCAUCUACAGUAUUUGAUGGAGCGCCCCUCUGUCCAGCUUCUGGGGACAGGGUAUGAGGAAGACAAAUGGGGGCUUUUCAGGUAGGCGACUGGCCAAAGGAUACAGACUGCAAAGAGUCUCUGAUGCUGCACCAACAGACAUCUCUUCCUGGGGAAAAUGCACGUGGAGUGUGUCAGCGAGAGGCCCUCCCUGAGGGGAGGCAGUGAGUCUGGCUCUGGAUGAUUAGGAGGAUCUGGUCAACUCCAGCCCUCAGCAGGGUCUCAGGUGGAAGGAACUGCAGCACAAAGGCCCUGGGGAUUUGGCCCUAGCAUGGUGGAAGGCCACAGGAAGGUUUUCAGCUCUGGGGGUGAUGUGAUCUGAUUUCUUUAAGAGAUCCUGGCAGCUGUGUGAGGGUGGACCUUCAGGAGCUCAAGCAGGGAGACAGGACCAAGGUGGACGGACAGAGCUAGCAGUACUGGGAGCAAAGAGACGUGAUACCCAUUCCUCACAGGGAAGGCAUCUGGCUGUGGCCGGCCCCGAGCAAGUGCUGAGAAAUGGGAGCCCUUGUCUUGUUCACUGAGCAUAUAUCGAGCACCUGCUGUGUGCCAGGCCCUGGGAAGAUGGCUGGAGCUAUGGAAGUGAAAAACGAGGCCCAAAGUCUCUGCUGUCUUGGAGUGUACAUGCUAGCAGGGCCAACAGUGACUAUGAAAUGACAUUUCAGGUAAGGAAAAGGGCCACAAAAAGAACAUCUCUCUGAGAUGAGAGGUUGAAGUAGCGACUUGGAGAAGGUGAGGACAGACUAUGUGGCUACCUGAGGGAAAAGCUUUCCAGACCAAAGGGGCAGCAAGUGCAAAGACUCUGAGGUAGGGGAGAGCUGACCUUCCCAGCCCUGCAGUUCCUAUCUUGAUACGCUGCAAAAAGCUCCUUGGCAAAUGGAAAAUCAUGCUUCCUUCCCAGAGGGCUCUUCCCAGGGUCCCUUCUGCUCAGUCCCUACCUCAUCCUCAGUGUAGGCAAGGAUGCCAGCCAUGGGUCCCUUAGCUGCUGCUUUUAUGGCCUCCUUGAUGUCUGAGUACGGGGUAGGCUGGGCCAGGCGGCAGGUCAGGUCCACAAAAGACACGACUGGGGUUGGCACUCGGAACGCCAUUCCAGUCAGCUUCCUGGAGAAUCCCACAUCAGGGGCAGGAGUCAGAACCCAGGGACUUCUCCAUCAUUUCCCCCUUGUCUCUGCUUUCCGCUCAGUAGACACCUCAAGGAUUGGGGGCUAGUCCCGUCCUCCUGGGUUGCACCCCCCACCCUUGUUGCAGGUUCAUGCCCUCAUACCCUUGGAGGUCUUGGAUGACUUUGCCCACGGCCUUGGCAGCCCCUGUGGAGGCCGGGAUGAUGUUCUGGUGGGCACCCCGUCCGUCUUUGCCAGGCCUUUGAUGGCCCAUCCACUGUCUUUUGGGUGGCAGUGUAGGAGUGGACUGUGGUCUUGGGGAAGAAGAGGGCCGAGGUGAGGCCUUCUUGCUCCCAAGCUCCCAAGCCUCUUUUUCCCAGGCUCAGGGUGGUGACCCAGGUGUGGAGGCUGGCAGGGCCUCCACCACCGCCACAGGAGGGGCACAUGCAGGCAGGGUCCAGAGUUUAAAAGACUUCACCACUGGUGGGCUUCUCCUCCCCAAACCAGUCUCUCCCUGUUAACUCCAAACACUAAGUAUGGGAGGAGUAUGGGAGGAAGAGGUACAGUUUCCCAGCCGUGCCUCCUGCCCCAGCCCCUCUCCCCAACUCACCAUCAGCCCUUCCACAAUCCCAAAUCGCUCAUGGAUGACCUUGGCGAGGGGGGCCAGGCAGUUGGUGGUGCAGGAUGCGUUGCUGAAACGGCCCGCGUGUGCAAGGCGCUGUGAGGUGAGUCGCAGAGCCACCCCUCCACCCUUACCUCCUUUCAGGGUUUGCACCCAGGCUUGGUUUUGUGAAAAGUCAGGCUGGGGAUGAGGGAGCAUCGGGGAUGCUGUCAGACCGAAGGAGGCACCAGAGGUGCAGCUGGGGGAAGCUCCCCAAGCAUGUUCUCCAAAGUUGUGCAGUUCUAACAGAUGGUUUUAGGGUAACAUUAACAAGAUGGCUGUUAAGACUUUGGGGAGGAGAAGUGGAUUGGUGUGCAAAGAACACCAGGGGCCGAGUGGGAGUGGGAGUGGGGAGGGUGAGUCGGAUUCCUCCCCACCGCAGGCUGGCUUGUCCUCCAGGCACACACUUCAGAAUGUUGCUGCCCAUUACCUGACAGUUUUCAUGGAGCUGGGGUUAUAGUCCUUUUCGUUCACCCCCAUGACCAACAUGGGUGCAUCUGGAGAGGGCGCACAGAUGACCACACGCAGGGCACCUGCCUCAAUGUGGGCCUAGGGAAGGCACACAGGUGUCAUGAGGUGCUUCAAGUGCGACACCCCUGGGCAGCCCCGGGCACCUGUCCCUGACUUACUGUAGUUUCCUCUAAGGACAGGUACACGCCUGUGGCCUCCACCACAAAGGGGCUCCCGACAGACUUCCAGGGGAUUUCUUUGGGCUGCUUGCUGUGGAAGGGCAGUAGCACCGUGAGUCAGUCUCUCGCCUUCAUAGUCCAUGGCCUUCACCAUUUGAAAGGCUGACCAGACACCUUCCUGCCUGGCCGUCUGUUCCCCUCACCCCACACAUCCCUGGCUGCCCCAGAUGGGUCCGACCCUGCUGGUCUUGCCUCUCAUCGCUAACCCCACUAGUGGGCCACUUUUCUUGACUGUACCUGCUAUGCCUGGGUACAAGCCGCCACCUCCCCAACUCAGGCCUCAAGCCCCGCCUGGGGGACCAUCUAGACUACUCCCAGCCAGGUCAGGCCCUUACUACCAGGAUGUAGACCCCAGGAGGGUGAGGCCUGCCCUACUGCUUCUGGCUUCAGCCCUGGCAACUUCAUCACAGCCCUCCUAGCCUUCUUCUCUUGACUACUCAGCUCCUGCAACAGGGAUCCUGCUCCCAGAGGCCAGGCAAGUCCCUGAAAACACACGGCACAUCCAGAGAGCAGCUCCCAGGGAUCUGAAACCUCGAGGCGGCCCUGGGGCUAGCAGUGGCUAGUGGUUUAUAUUGGAAAGGUAAAGGAGAUUUUCUGCUUCUUGUUUUAUCAGUAUACAUUUUCCACUCGAUAUCAAACACUUGUGUCUGAAAUAUAUUAAACAUCUACUAUUGCUGUUUUCUACUUGGCUUUAGCAAACAAACAAUACGUGGGUAAACUCUAUACUAAUCUUUUCCCUCAGCUUUUAUCACAACUGCAGUAUUUGCUUUUGUGAUUGUUAGUGUCUGUCUCAUCUUCUAGAGCACCCCAUGGCAGCAAGGCUGGGUCUGCUCCCUCCAGAGGGGUGCAGUCAAUGUUUGUGUGUGGGGUUUUUAAAUUAGCCAUUCUACACCUGUUUACUGAACACCUGCCAUGUGCCUGUGUGCUGAGUGCUUUACCUGUAUUGGACUCCUUUAACCCUGAUGACCUGAGGUAAGUACUGUUAUUACGGGCAUUUUUCAGAAGAGCCAGGACCGAGGUGAAAAGAGUAGCGGCAGAGCUGCCUGGGAGCACAGGCAGGCUGGCCCUAGGGAUGAAUGAAUGAGCAGCUUCCUCUCUUCUCCCUGGGAGCACAGGCAGGCUGGCCCUAGAGAUGAAUGAAUGAGCAGCUUCCUCUCUUCUCCCUGGGAGCACAGGCAGGCUGGCCCUAGGGAUGAAUGAAUGAGCAGCUUCCUCUCUUCUCCCUGGGAGCACAGGCAGGCUGGCCCUAGGGAUGAAUGAAUGAGCAGCUUCCUCUCUUCUCCCUGGGAGCACAGGCAGGCUGGCCCUAGGGAUGAAUGAAUGAGCAGCUUCCUCUCUUCUCCCUGGGCCACCACACAUGGUUCUUCAUGCUCCCUGGUCAAAUGUCAGGUCACACUUCAUCAUCGGACCCAAGUAGCUCUUCUCUGAUGCCCCCCUCAUUUCCUGCCUUCCAAGUUGGGGGAAGGGCACUUCAACAGAUUCCUUUGUAGCAGUUGUUGAGCUGGCAUGAGGCAGAGACUCGGUGCCCCUGGAGACCCCAGCCCCUUCCCCUAGGUUGUCAUGGGCCCUGCCCUCCUGCCCAGGGGCCUGUUUUGUUUUUUGUUUUUUUUUUUUUUUUGCGGUAUGCGGGCCUCUCACCGUUGUGGCCUCCCCUGCCGCGGAGCACAGGCUCCGGACGCGCAGGCUCCGGACGCGCAGGCCCAGCAGCCAUGGCUCACGGGCCCAGCCGCUCCGCGGCAUAUGGGAUCCUCCCAGACCGGGGCACGAACCCGUAUCCCCUGCAUCGGCAGGCGGACUCUCAACCACUUGCGCCACCAGGGAGGCCCCAGGGACCUGUUUUGAGGAUUCUGUUCAUUCUUCAAGGAAGUACUGAGUCUACCCUGGGCCAGGGCCUGUGCCUGCAGGUGCCAGAGCAGCAGGGGUGCCACAGGCUGACAGGGCCCUCCUUGCAAGGAGGCUGCGUGAGCCCUUCCCGGUGCUCCCCCCACGCCUCUGGCUGUGCUCCCUGCUAUGGCUGUGGUGGGUAUGCUCAGCAUCCCUAUCCGAUACAUGAGGAAACCGAGGCUUGGGGAAGUUCAUUGCCUUGCCCAGGGUCACCCAACUGGAAAGGGUGGAGCGGGGCAAAGUACACACACAAGCGACGCAGCUCGUGCUGAGGCCUGGAGGAUAUCCGCAGUGGUGCGAUGGAGAGCAGUGGGGAAGGGGGAAGAGGCGCUGCAGUCACCAGGGAAGGUGGCACCUGAGCGGGGCACACACUGAGGGGCCGGCUGUGUGGGGAUGGGGCAGCGCUGGGAAAAUACCCCAGGUGGUGGCAACGAUGGUGGCCAGGCUGAGGAAGGGAAGGACACAGUGUGUCUGAGUAACGACUGCUCUGCUGGAAUUCGGAAUUGUUUUUGCUGUCAUGAUUUCAAAUUUGGGUCAAGCAGCUUCUCCCAUUCUCACUGACUCUCCAGUCCCCGCCUCCACCCACCGCUGACCACCUGACCACAAAUAAACAUCAGGGCUGAGAGUGGACCUGCUGGGAGGAGUGCUGGGAAGGCUGCAGAUCUUGCCUGGGGCUGGAGAGAGCUCACGAGUGUGUGUGUGCAAGUGUGUGUAAAAUUGGAAAUUGGAGGCAGCCACAGGGCCGGCAGUGGCUGAUAAUUUACAUUAGAAAGAUAAAGUGGGUUUACUGUUUCCCAUUUUAUAAAUUUUUAAUUUUUUUGGUAUUUUGAAAAUGUAUGUGAAGCUUAUUAAACAUCCAGUGUUAUUGCAUUUGACUUACAGAUUCUAAACGUAUCUUUCAGUGAAGGAGGAGUAUUUGUAUCAGUGAGAGCUAGGUGAAGUGGGUUUUAAGAAGAGGUGCUGGCGCAGGGUCCCAGGAGGUUGGUGGCCAGUGUCGCUGAGGUGACAAGGGAAGGCUGGGGAGCAGGGCAUAUAGUUGGUGGGAGGCCCUGUCAGCAGCUGGGAUUUUAUUUGUGGGGUGAUGGGAAGCCACUGGAGGGUUUAAGUGGGGGAGCAUCGAGGUCCAGUUGAUGUUUUGAAAAGCUCUCUGUGGCUCCUAUGUAGGAACUGAGUGGAAGCAGUUGGCUCGAUGGUGAUGCCAUUUCCUGGGCAGGGAGAUGAAUAGAUCUGAGGGUUGAAGGAUAAUCAAGAGUUGAGUUUUAGACAGGUUGAGCUGAUAUGCCUGAGAGAAAACACGCGCAUGUGCGUUAAAUAAAAAAGUAUUUUGAGUACAGUGGGCCCCCUCUCCAAACCAGUACCCAGAGGCAUGUGCACACACAAUUUGGGGGGGUUAUGAACCCCAUGUGAGAGGCUGGAAUCCCCUUCUAGUCACCUCUACAUCCCCUGCAUUAGUAUGUUGCAGGCUUGCAUAAGACAGCCGCCCUUAUCACUGGAAGACGCUGAUCUCAUUGUUACCGAUGACCAGCCGUCCAUUCCUGUAUUCCACGCUCCCCUUGUAUCGGCCUUGGGUGGAGUCAUACUUAAACAUGUACGCCUGCAGGAGACAGAAUGGCUCCUAGUCUUGGGCUGGACGGGGAGCCAGCAUUGCCAGGGAGUCCCCACUUCAGUGAUGGUUCCACAUGGCAGCUGAGCGCCUUCCACAGAGCUCCCCGGCACCCCUUCCCCACCCUGGUCCCGCUCUCCCCGAUCCUGCCCUUUGUCUGCUGCUCACCAUGUAUUCUGGGUCGAUGAACGGAUCGUUCACUGCUACCACCUUAACACCCUUCUCCAUGCAGGCACGCAGCACCAGGCGACCAACGCGUCCAAAUCUGUCCAGGAACGAAAGCUGAGGGGAUGGGCAGAAUGAAAGCGUUGCUGAGACCUGAAGCAAAGCUCCAGUUAGUAACUGAGGAGAGGCCGGGCCCUAAAGCUUCAGGAAUGGCUCAGGGGCCGGGGCGACUCACCCAUUGAUGCCAACAGUCGGCUCCCGAAGCACAGAAACCCUCUCAGGAAACAGCACGGCCACCUUUCUAAAACCAGCAGAGAAAGGACAACUCCAGGCUAAUCUCAUGUACGGAGAUAGAUGCCAAAGUCCUGAAUCAAAUAGUGGCAAAUGGGAAUGAAGCACUGAGGAGAGGGACGGAGGCUGACAGAAGAUGGCAGAGAGAACAGCAAGUGCAAAGGCCAUGAGACAGGAAUGAGUUUGAUGUGUUUGAGGACCAGGGAGAAGACCUGUGUGGCUGGAGCAUAAAAAGUGUGGGCGUUGGGGGUCAAGAAGAACAACAACAAUAAGAACAAGGUCUGAUGAUUCCCUCAACUCCCCGGGGUUGCUCCCCACCCCCUGACUGUGCCUCCCAUCUUUCCAGAAUCUUGCUGCUGGGGAAACUGGAUCCUUAGGUCCCCCGAGAGGAGUGAAGAUGCUGAAGAACCAGGCCUGGGUCCCAGGGAUGGAGGGUGCCUGAAGGUGCGGUUGGGAGAAAGGAGGCCUGGAUAGUGGGUGAGGAAUAAAAAGGGGAAGUGAUUGGAAGGGCAGACAUCUGGGCUCUGGGGUGGAGGGCCUGAGCUGGGCAAGGAGCAGAGAUGCCAUGUGAGUCUUCCCCAUUCAUGACUCACCCACUCUUCCUCCUCCUCUUCAUUGUUCAACCCCAAAUCUCCCUGGGAAUUACCUCGCUGACUGGGGAUCAAGUCAGUGCCUCACAGGGUAAUUGAGUCAUGAGGGGUGGAGCAGAGGAAAGGAAGCGGAGGAUAAAUAGUAGCCUUGCCUCCCUGGCCCCUCUCUGCAUCCUCCCCACUUCCCCAACAACAUGAGUCCCGCCGGUUUGCUCAGCUCCUGCUUCCUCUUGCUGCUGUUGGGGCCCUUGCCUGGAUGGGUGGCCAGUGCUGACCCCAUUAAGAAGGUCACUGAAGGGAUCAGCCAAGGGCUGGGCAAUACAGAGAGAGAGGUGGGCAAGGCCCUGGAUGGCAUCAAUAAUGGAAUCCCCCAAGCUGGAGGGGAGACAGAUUUUAAUGGACGCAACAGUGUGGGGAGCCAGGCCGGUAAGGAGCUGGACAAGGUCGUCCAGGGGCUCAACCACGGCUUGGACAAGGUAACCCGUGGAAUUGAUGUCGUCGGACAAGCAGGAAAGGGAGCAGAGAAGUUUGUCCAUGGGGUCAGCAGUGCUACUGGACAGGUUGGGAAGGAGGCAAACAAAGUGAUUGAGGGGGUCCACCAUGGAGUUAAUCAGGCUGGAAAGGAGGUAGAAAAGUUUGGUCAGGGGGUCCACCAUGGAGUUAAUCAGGCCGGAAAGGAGGUAGAAAAGUUUGGUCAGGGGGUCCACCAUGCUGCAGGGCAGGCUGGGAAAGAGGGAGGAAAAAUAGUCCAAGGGGCGACUCAUGGAGUUAAUCAGGCCGGAAAGGAGGUGGGAAGGUUUGGUCAGGGGGUCCACCACGCUGCAGGGCAGGCUGGGAAAGAGGGAGGAAAAAUAGUCCAAGGGGUCCACGAUGGGGUCAACCAGGCCGGAAAGGAGGCAGAGAAAUUUGGCCACGGGGUCAGCCACGCUGCUGGUCAGGCUGGAAAGGAAGUGGAGAAACUUGACCAAGGUGUCCAGCACGCUGCUGUCCAGGCCGGGAAGGAGGAGGACAGGUUGCAGCAGGCUGCUCAUGAUGGGACCAACCAAGCCGGCAAGGAAGCCAACAAGCUGCUGAAUAGCAGUCCUCAAGGCAAAGUCACUGACCAGCAAGGAGGGGCUGCAGCCACAACCUUAAAGUCUGCAGCUUCAGUCACCAAGCCCUUCAUUGACCUUUCAGUUCUGUGGAAGAGCGUCACCAACAUCAUUCUCUAAACUGAUGAACUGGCCUUGUUGAACAGACUGACAUUCCUGUUAUCAUAUCAGCUGAAAUGACCUGAAGGAGCCAGGGGCAAGAAGGAGGAUAGAUUUCUGGAGUCCCUUAGGGGGCUGUACUGAGAUUUGUGGAUAAAUACAACACACUGUACUCUCA